AUGUCUUUCUACAAAUUUUUGAAGAUGGCAAUGUUUGUUGUCAAUUUCAUCAUCUUUCUUGGAGGUGGUGCUAUAUUGGGAGUAGGAAUCUGGAUUAAAGUGGAUGGCGGAUCCUUCUUUGUGGUCCUGGAGAAAGUGUCAGCAUCCCUGAAGGUGGUAGUGAAUAUAGGGUAUCUCUGCAUCGCACUAGGGGCAUUGUUAAUGAUCAUCGGCUUCCUGGGAUGUUGCGGAGCAAUGAAAGAGAACAAGUGCAUGUUGAUGAUCUUUUUCCUGAUAAUCCUGGUGAUAUUCUUGGCUCAGCUUGUGGCUGCUGUGGUUAUCCUGGCAUUUUCAGGCUUGGCUGACAUCUUUAUGAGCUACAUUGGGACUUGGCUCAAGGAUUUCUUUAAAAAUGAUUAUGGUAGAAAUCAUGAGAUAACUGAGAUAUUUGAUGCUGUGAUGACUCAGUUCAAGUGUUGUGGGCUCAAUGGCCAUAUCGACUUUGCAAACUCACAUUUCACCAACACUACAUCAACUUAUCCUGGCGCAUGCUGCAAUGGUCCUUUUGCUUGCAUGACACCUGCGUCUGUGCAGGGUUGCUAUCAGUUAUUCCUGAAAUUUCUGAAGAGCAACACCAUAAUACUUGGUGUAGUUGCCUUGGUGAUUGCUGUACUUGAGGGCGUGACUAUCUGGGAGCCAGAUCUCAUUGUCAUACAAGGGGUUAACAGCAAUGGGAAACUCUCGAGGCAAGGAGGCAAUUGUUACGACCUUGCUGGUUCUUUCAUCUCAUGUGUGUCGUUACACCAGAGGACUGUAUGA